AUGAAGUUGGUAGUGUUUAUUACUCAACUGUACGUUCUGUGCCACCUUGUCUUGGCCGAUCAGAUCUUCCCAGCUCACCUAGGUGGCACAUUUAGUCGCAGCUCUCGUGAACCAAAAUACAAGAUUGAAUUCCAUCCUGAAGACUCACCUUUUCAUCCUGAGGAUGGUCAAGAGUCCGUGGUUAUGCCAAAUGACAAUGGACAAAAUUUUAUAUGUUACUUGCCUAAGGUGGAGGAAGCCAAGAGUGGGAAGCAAGUCCUUCAGCAUAAUAUAAGCAGCGUGAUUGUGGAAACUGAGAAACGAGUUAAAAUGAAGACACCAGAUGAGCUGCUUGAAGUACUCAAGGACCAAUGCUUUAUCAGACAAGAGGGUUGGUGGUCAUAUGAGUUUUGCUAUCAGAAGAGAUUACGGCAAAUUCAUUUGGAAGAUGAGAAGGUGGUUCAGGAAUUUAUUUUGGGUAUAUAUGAUGCAGAGGCCACUGCUGCUGUCAACCAGAAUCUUUCUGACAUAUCUAGACUUAAAGAUCCACGGUCAAAAGAUGCAUACCAAAGGUAUCAUGCUCACCAAUAUACAAAUGGGACUACAUGUGAUCUUACAGACCAACAACGGGCGACGGAGGUGAGAUUUGUGUGCUCAGAGGGCAGAGCUAUGAUUAAUUCAGUUACAGAGAUAGCCACUUGCAAGUAUGCAGUUACAAUUCAGUGCCCCACACUUUGCAAGCACCCAGCAUUCCUAGCAGAGAGACCAGUAUGGCAGGCCAUUAACUGUAAUGUGCUUCCCAAGGAUUACAAGGAAACCAAAGCAGAGGAAGAAUCUAAUAUUAAGCAGAUAGUUUUGGUCGCAGACACAGACAGUGAAUCUCCAUCUAAUGAUGUUUCGGAUGAGUAA